AAGUCGGGCUGCGCUAUUUUUGGGGGUUGAUGAUUAGUAUUGGGUUCUGAGAAACCACCACCGAAGUGAGGUACUUCUUCGGCAUACAGAGCCUUUGAAGAGAAAAUUGGCAAAGAGGACAAAGAUGGCAGAACCUGGCAGUGCCAUUUAAGUCUCACUUGAGCCGCCUGAGAUGUGCCCAUGACAUGCUGGUAAAGAUACAUAUGAACUGGAUCACAGCCAGGGAUGCUUACACGGUGGCGAUGUCUACCUGGCGCCAGAACUGUCGAACCUGGGAGAUCGAGCUUAUCAAGACCUAUUGGGCAAAUGACCGUACAGUAUUCCCGAAUACGGCGUUGUCUAACUCGGAGGCCAAGCGCAAGGUACUCUGGACUGUUGUCGCAUUAAAUACAGGAUUGCUUACGAAUGUCCAAAUUGUCAUGAUAUAUGCUGCAGCCGAGUGGCGAUUCCUUUCUUCUAUUGCAACAACUGCAAGUAGAGAUCUCUACUUUACCCAAUCUGGACCAACUCAAGAUGCCAGACCCUGGGCGAGCAUUGCCAGACAGGCAGUUGAUAGCAUCUUCACCACGAACUACUUGAGUCAAUCAAUACAUGGAAUCGUUCGCUUCUGGUUCAAACACAAGCCGGUCAUCAGGCAUGUCUGAUAGUCCUAGCCACCGGGUCAAGGUUUUGUAUAAAGGAAGAUGCUGGGCAUGUGCGACGCCAUAUCCGAGUGCCUCCAACUAUUACCAAAAGCGGAUCAUGCAAUCGAAGUAUGUGUACGACAAGGUUUAGUUGACUUUC